CAGAUGGCGCGUGCCUCGCGCAAAAAUCAUAACCUCAAAAUUUUUGUUUCUUUUGGAGGUUAGUGGGUGCGAAGAGAGACAAAAAGGUGUAAUUUAGUUAAUUUCAAUGGAUUUAAUUCAAGAAAAUCAACCAGUGAUGUUUAGUGAGACUAACAAGUCAUAUCUCCCGCUCCCGGAUAUCAGUGAUGCGAAUUUAUCGCACUCAUUCAAGAGUCAGAAGCCCAGCACAAAGAAGAAGCCGCCGGCUCUGUUUACAAAACGCCCUCCCCACGUAAACCGGAGCAAUUCUUCCAGCACAGCUAUUGCAAUCUCGUUUAGAUGCUCUCCGGGAAAUGGGCAGUUAUCAUCAAUGUACCAACCAACAAAGAGGGAGUCGUAUUUUGAUCAGUGUUUUGAAAAAAUCUGCAAAAUCGGCGAGGGAAGUUUCGGCGAGGUGUUCAAGGUGCGUUCCCGGGAGGAUGGUCUGCUGUAUGCAGUUAAAAAGUCCAAACAGUACUUCCGGAGUGAGAGCUACCGUGAGGAGCGUCUUCUCGAGGUCAAGAGACACGAGGAGUUCUCAAGUCAUGAUCACUGCGUCACCCUCUACAGAGCCUGGGAAGAGAAUGAUCGACUCUACAUCCAGAUGGAAUUGUGCCAAAGUAGCUUAGAAUCCUACGUCAUGGAGCAUAGUAAUAUUCCUGAAUCUACAACAUGGUCAUUUCUUCUUGAUCUCUUGUUGGCGCUAAAAGGACUACAUGAUAGAAAUCUUAUUCAUCUAGAUAUCAAAUUGGACAAUAUCCUGGUCACAGAAGAUGGUGUGUGCAAAUUAGGAGAUUUCGGAUUAGUCUUUGACCUUAAUCGAGAAAACAAAGAGUCCGCCAUGGAAGGAGAUUCACGGUACAUUGCACCUGAGCUUCUGGAGGGUGUUUUCUCAAAGGCCGCCGAUAUCUUUAGUUUGGGCAUAACAAUGUUGGAAUUGGCGUGCAAUCUUGAAUUGCCGUCAAAUGGGGUACUAUGGCAGCAAUUGAGAAUUGGAAUCCUCCCUGAAGAAUCAAAAGAAAUGCUCUCUGAGGAUCUAUACAACGUCAUAAGGUGGAUGAUGAAUCCUGAUUGUGAACAGAGACCCUCCGUUAAUGCACUUUUGCAGUAUCCGCGAAUAAAAAUUUUGCUUAAACGACGCAAACGAUGGUGGUCAAUAACGAAAAUGAGAAAACUAAAACGAAAAGCAGUGCAACAGAUCUCAAAUAAGUGGCACAAAUUUAAGAAAACCUUGCGGGCUCUCGUUGCACGAAUGAGCUUGGCUGUGCUACGCUGCAUCCAUAGGAAGCGUAAGAAUGUGUAUGAAGAGCAAAAUUUCAUGUCGCCACUGGAGAUGAGUGACGAUGAUCCGCAGACAAGUACUCCAAUUUUGGGCGAUAGCAGCAUAAAUAUGUCCGAGGUGGUGAAUUCAACGCCAAUCUUGAGCUAUGAGAAGAGUAGAAGGAGGAAAACGAGACUAGCAAAUGCUGGUAGUCCUCAAAGCAAUUCCAGUUUCGAAGACUUUGAAGAUCAUUUAUCACGUAGUCCACUGAAUUAUACACCAAGAUCCGUACAUGAUUAUUCGUCGUUGACAUGCAAAAAGCUAUUUACACAUUCAAGUGAUUCCGAUAAGUCCGAUUAAUCCACUUUUUUUUGUUUUAAAUUAAUAUAAAUAUUUACAAGUACUUUUUAUCAGGCAUUAUUUACCAGUACAUACACUGAAAAAAACAAGACUAAUGUCUGAUUUAUUUAAUUUUUUUUUCUCUAAAUUGAGUGUUUUUUAUUGAAAUAUUAGAUAUUUCAUAGAAAGAUUAAAGAAUCAUAAAAAAAAUCUCCAUAGUGAGUAAUAAACUAACAUUCUUAACAGCAUCAGCAUUUACAAUAUAUAUAUAGGUAGAUAUACAAAAAAAAGAAACAUAUUAGAGCCAAAGUGUUUCCAUGAAAACAAAGGCCUUUACAAGAUUGUUAUUAUACACAUAUUAUGAAAAAAAAGAAAAGAAAAUCAUUACUGGGAAAGAUUUACUAUCUCAUUUUUAUCUAUUCUUAUACUAACAUAAAUUAAUUUUAAUGUGAUACAAGCUAAAAUAAAACGAUUACUGAAUGGUUUCUAAAA